CCCGGGGGGGCGCGGCUUCCGGGAACCCAGCGGGAUCCUCCUCUGAACAUAGAGCAGCGCCCGGGCCGCUCAUUCAGCGCCUGCCUCCCCGCGGGACGAGCCGAGCCGAGCCCGGCUGCUGCCCAGCGAGGGGUCCGGCCCCGGAGCCCCGGGGGUUCCCUGCAGCGCCAUGGCGCAGCCUCUGCUCCCGCUCCCGCUCCUGGCCUGGGGCGCGCUGGCAGCUCUGGCAGGGGCCGCGCAUGGCUCGUUUGAGGUGAGCGUUUCGCCGGAAGCUGCCAUGGUGGAGCAUGGAGGGUCCGUCUGGAUAAACUGCAGCCACACGUGCCAGGAUCCUGGCGCCAGGGGCGGCCUGGAGACCUCGCUCACCAAAACCGAUAGUAAAGGUGGACCCGGGUGGGCGGCCUUUUUCCUCGGCGGUAUCACGGAGUGGGUGUCGGCCCCUCAGUGCUACUUCACCUGCAGUGGAGUUACGAGUGUGGUGGCUGCAAACAUCUCCUCUUACCGGCCGCCGGAGCGGGUGGUGCUGGAGUCGCUCCCCGAGAUGGAGCUGGGCCGGGCCUAUAACCUGACGUGCUGGGUUCUGAACGUGGCUCCUGUCACGCACCUCACCGUGACCCUCCGCCAGGGGGGACGGACCCUGCACACGGAGACCUUCCAGAACCACACCGGGACCGGACCCGGCAACGUCACAGUGACCCACGAGAUCACCCCUCAGCAACGGGACCACGGGCAGGAGAUCACCUGCCACGCAGCCCUGGACCUGACGCCGCACGGGCCCCACUUCGAAAACAGCUCCUCCGCGGUGGAACUCAAGGGUUAUGGGGCCGCGCAUGGCUCGUUUGAGGUGAGCGUUUCGCCGGAAGCUGCCAUGGUGGAGCACGGAGGGUCCGUCUGGAUAAACUGCAGCCACACGUGCCAGGAUCCUGGCGCCAGGGGUGGCCUGGAGACCUCGCUCACCAAAACCGAUAGUAAAGGUGGACCCGGGUGGGCGGCCUUUCUCCUCGUCGGUAUCACGGAGUGGGUGUCGGCCCCUCAGUGCUACUUCGCCUGCGGUGGAGUUACGAGUGUGGUGGCUGCAAACAUCUCCUCUUACCGGCUGCCGGAGCGGGUGGUGCUGGAGCCGCUCCCCGAGAUGGAGCUGGGCCGGGCCUAUAACCUGACGUGCCGGGUUCUGAACGUGGCUCCUGUCACGCACCUCACCGUGACCCUCCGCCAGGGGGGACGGACCCUGCACACGGAGACCUUCCAGAACCACACCAGGACCGGACCCGACAACGUCACGGUGACCCACGAGAUCACCCCUCAGCGACGGGACCACGGGCAGGAGAUCACCUGCCACGCAGCCCUGGACCAGACGCCGCACGGGCCCCACUUCGAAAACAGCUCCUCCGCGGUGGAGCUCAAGGGUUAUGAUCUCCCAGAGCCCCAGCUCCAAACCUCCCUCUAUAUCGAGGUGGGCACCAGGGAGCCCAUCCACUGUAGGGUGGCCGGGGUGUUCCCCGCCGCGGGAGAGGCCCGGUUCACCCUGUCCUUCGGGGGAGAGAGCCUGAACCUCACCGUCACCACGUCGGGCGACAUGGCCGCCGCCGAGGGCAAGGUUUGGUCCCCGUCCCCGGGACAGCACCAGCUGAGCUGCACCGUGACCGUGGGGCCCGUGUCCAGAUCCGCAGGGCAGAGCGUUCUCGUUUACAGUCUCCCCGAGCCUGUCCUGGAGGUGACUGAGUCCCGGACCUUCGUUAACAGCAACGUGACCGUUACGUGCCGUUCCCCUGAGGCCGACCCCCAGGGCGUCCUGCUCCAGCUCAGCGACGCCAAGGGAGUCCUGGUCUCCAGCGCCCCCGCCCAGCCCCGUGUGCAGCUCCAGCUGAUGGCCAGCGAGGAAGACGACGGGAGGGAGUUCACGUGUGAAGCAAGGCCUGGCUCAGGCAUCCCCGCCGUGAAACGCACGUCCGCCAGGCUCACUGUCCUCUACGGGCCCAGGAUGGACGACUCCGGCUGCCCCAGGGAGUGGAUCUGGAAGGAGGGGACGGAGCAGAGCUUCUCCUGCCUGGCCCGGGGGAACCCAGCGCCAGCCGUGGAGUGCACGAGGGACGGGGUGUCCGUCAGCAUCGGGGUGCAGCGGCAGGUCAGCAGAGAGGACGCUGGGACCUACCACUGCAACGCAUCCAACGCGCACGGCUGGGCCAGCCGGGAUGUGACCGUCCAGGUGGAGUACUUCGACAUCCUGCCGUUGGUCCUGGGGCUGGUCGCUGCGGCUGCUGCUGGGGCCGGACUAGCCGCGUGGGGCUACAUGUACUAUCGCUCCAAGAGAAUCCGCAAGUACCGGCUCAGACAGCAGCAGGCCAAGCAGGCCAAGCCGGCCGAGCAGAUGAGCCUGAAUGGGGCCGCCCAGAACACACCUGCUGUGGAGCACAGCGUCUAGGCCUGGAGUGCGGGACCCGGAGCCCUGGGGCUCCUCGCUGCUGCUCUACCCUUCGCCCACGGGGCGGCCCCGUUAAGCCUUGGGAUGCUGGGCAGUGCCAGGAGCCUGGCGGUUCAUGGCCUCUGCGCUGGCAGCCCGGGGCCCUCCCUUGCACACCCCAGCUGCUCUCCGGAGAGGGAGGGAGGCGCCCGGAGCGGGGCAGACACCCCAGGACGUCCAGGGCUGGAAUCUCCCAUGUCCUUGGCCGGAGGGACGUCUGGCUACAGCUGAGCUCUGCCCCGCUGGGGAAGCAGGUGGCUGGGAGCCCCCAGGCGCAGCAGGAAACACUAAGUCGGAACAGUUGUGCCGGGAGGGGAACGGCGAUAACGGCUGCCUCUAACCACUUCUCCUAGCGAUGGGGAAGGUGCCUCCGAGCCGCACACGAGCCCUGCCCCAGCUGGGGCCGUGGCCGCCCGGGGCGCGUGCGAAGGGACCCACGGGAUCACUGUGAAAACGGUUCGACACUAACCAGACGGGCUUUGGGAUCGCCGGGUCUGUGCAACUGAGACGGGCCGGGGAGACCGUUACUCGGAUCAGCUGAAUCGCAAGACCCUACGUCCCUCCUCUCCCCCUGUAUCCCCGGCCUCGGCGCAGACUCAGGGACACCAGGUCUCCCUCUCCUGUGGGGCUGAGCUGGGCGCGGCGUGGCAGGGAGCAGGGUCUGUGCUCCUCGGGCCGGGGCGGGAGGGGGCAGGAGGUCAAUGACGUUAAUAACUGGAAGGGAGAGACUCUGGCGGGGGGCGAAGGGAACUGUUCCCAUGUUACAGGCAAACGUUGGUAAAUUCCCCUGCGGGAC